AAUUAAGCUUCAAUCUCUGAAAUACCUAGGUCAAACCUGGAAAGGUUAGCAACACCAUUUUAGACUCCUUUUUAAGAGCUACAGGUGCACAAUAGGCAGCUCCAAUGAGCAGAAGAUGGGGUAACUGGCAAGAAAUAUGGCACAGCCAUAUUUGCAUCAUUUCAAUCUGCUGCCUUUAUCCACUCCUAUCCAGAUCCCACCGUCCUCUUGUUGGAGAGGGGAUGGGCAGCUGUUCAGAUGAGGAGUUCUGGGAUCGUCUCUUACGACGAUGCGCCAAGUGUACAAAUUGUGGGCAUAACUGGAAAAGUGCGUGCAAGACAUAUUGUGAAAGUUGGAGCUGCAAUGAGGCUGCAGGAUUUUAUUGGGACAAACUGCUGCGCAAAUGCAUCAAGUGCUCAGAUGUGUGUGGGCAACAUCCUCAACAGUGCUCAGAAGUUUGCUACGGGAUCACAGACACAAAGGCGGAUACCCAAAAUACUCUGAGACACUGUCUCUCACACGAAGAUCAUUCCAACAUCCUCCUCUUUGCGAUUCUGGCAGCGAGUGUCUGUGUCGUUACUUGUAUAUUUCUGAUGCUGUUAGCUUGCUGUAUCAAGAGGUGGGUUCCUUCCACGUGCAGCACGGAGUCCAUCCACAAGACUAAUACAUCCUCAAAAGAUGGACUACUACAACCGAGUGUCGAAGGAGAUGAUCAUAAUCAAAGUAUAUCCUCCAAUCCAUCAUUAUCUGAGCCAUCCGAAACUUGUAGCUAUUGCUUCUCAGAUCAGAGGAUCUCAGAUAAAGAACAAAAGGUAUCAAACACAGCAACUCAUCAGUGCAUCCAAGUAUUAUCUGCAAAUAACACAAGAGUUCCUCCUUCUGCUACAGUUUACAAAGAGAAGCCAUUUCAGAUCAUCUGUUCUCCUUCACAACCCAGCAUAAAAGAAACUCCGAGUUUCCAGGAGAAGUGUCACAUGAAAUAUUGAUGACUUUAAGCUUAAGCCAUUUAUUCCACUGAAAGUCAACUGGACUCCAACACACCACUUCCACAGAAAAACUGGUCAUUAACCCUUCCACUCAGAUGUCAAAAGACACAAGAUUUAGGCCUCUUCUGUAAUAUCUUAAAUCCUGAUAAAAUACGGCCCAUGGCCAAUGGCUCACCUCAAACAACAGUACAGUUUGGGGUGGGGGGGGGUGGGCAGAGGAAUGGCGUGUUCCAGUCAUCUUCAGACAGCUUGCACAGAAGGAAGGAUAGGAGUCACUUAAGACAAGCAUUUCUAUUGUAUUCUUACUGAAGGCUUCACAAGUCUCAAUCGUUAUGCUUGGGUGAGCAAAUGCACUGAACCACAUUGCAUCAAAAUCCUUUGGCUGUUCAGUCUGCAGAUUUCUAUAUGCCCUUGUGCCUACUGAGUGCAUAAAUAGGGUUGGAGGUGUGGGGCAAUAUUGGCCUAAAUACCACUUUGUGGUGUCUUGAGAAACAUACUGCAUGUGGAAUCGAAUAGCCAAUAUCACCACAUACAUUUGUGAAAAACAACUGCAGUCCCUGUUGUAUAGUGGCCCAGCAAGGAACUUGGAACUGUAGAUAUGGAAACACAAAGUGGAAUUCAUGCAGGUAGUCACUAGACAAGGCAUUUUGACAAGCAGAGCUAGUCAUGCCACUUCCAAGCAAUGACAGUGUGUUGCUAUGUCUAUUGGAAAAGGAUUGCACCUUCAAAUUUAUGCUACAUCAAUACAACAUGACUUUGUUAAUUAAUCUAUCUUUGGGGCUCUGCUGUUAAGGUGACUCACUUGUAAAUGAAACUCUACCAUAGGACUGAGAAGGUGGCUAAUGGAAAAUUUUAUACCUCUUAUAGGAAAAAUACACAGACAAGCCAAAAUGGUUCAAGUUAGUCGGCAUACCCUCAGGAGCAGGAAAUUUCAAAAGGUCAACAUGCAAACCAAAAACUAGUGAAGACAUAGGAAAAGUGGGGACAAGACCUCUCAUGUCAUUGUUUUCAUUAUAUUAGUGCCUGAAACAAACAGGAUAGAUACAAGUUUAAUGUUUCAAUAUUUUGGGGUGGCAGUGCAACUUGCGCAGGAGUAUAGCAAGUGCUAUAAAUGGAAGGCAGAAUAACAGAGACAAUGAGCAUGGUAUGUUGGUGGGGGAAAAAUAAUGUC